AUGUCUAUCGCCACCUCUGAAGCAAUCGCCGUAUUGGACGAAAGCUUUACACAAAACUAUGCUAUUAUCGCGGCGCUCAUACUAUUUGAUCAUGCCAUCACAUUUGGCCAGGAGGUCCAGCUGUUCUGGGGCGAGAGAUCGUUCUCUGCGUGGCUGUUCUUUGCCAAUAGGACACUUGCACUGAGCUAUGCGAUCAUUUCCGUUUGGUCGCUCAUGAAUCUUGACACAGUAACGACUCACUCCGGUUCUGAUCUCGCGUUUUUUUACCUCAACAUCCGAGCUGCAGCGCGGUCCACACGUCGAGAGCAGUCCCAGACGCCCUCCUUUGUCCGAUCGCAGCGUGGGCUCGAGGCACAAGGGGAUGUCGAGGACAUGUCGUUCGAACUGAACAUCCUUAGCAGCACCGAACGAGCCCAGGAGACCGGUCGCGCUCACCUGCAAGACUCUAUGGAACAUGAUCAAAUUAUUGCCGAACCGCGCAGCAUGGCAGACGAUGCUGCUGCCGUUGCUGAUGCUCGUCAGGACGUGGGCGAGGAAGAGGGGAUAGACGAAGUCGAGGAAGAGAUGCUGUCGGGUGGAGAGAACGAUAUGUGAGGGGAGAGAAUGGGUCUCCAAGCCGAGCUGUCAGAUUAACUUGCUGUUCAUGCGUAUCGUGCUAUAGACCUCAUUUGACAUGUUUCUCGUAUGAACGUCCUCACUACAUAGUUGCAUCUGCAAUCGAGUUUUCACACAUCUGCUCUGCAACGCUUCGCGCCCAUCUAUUCCGGACGAGCCAUCGAGUUGAUGAAUAUGCACGCUGCACAGGCCACUCUACCCGUUGCUUAACAGCUGUUGUAUGCUUGUCCACUGCUGCGACG